UCAUCAUCCAGGCGCCGCAGUGUAGGUCUAGAUCAUCCAAUCCAACACACCGGUCGAGCAAUGGCGGCAGGGCUGCAGGUGUUCGGACAGCCGGCGUCCACCGACGUCGCGAGGGUGCUGACCUGCCUCUUCGAGAAGAACCUCGAGUUCGAGCUCAUCCGCACCGACACCUUCAAGAAGUCCCACAAGCUCCCCGAGUUCAUCAAGCUAAGGGAUCCUACUGGGCAGGUGACUUUCAAGCACGGUGACAAAACAAUCGUUGAUUCCAGGGCCAUUUGCCGGUACCUGUGCACGCAGUUCCCGGACGACGGGUACAAGAAGCUGUACGGGACGGGGUCGCUGGAGCGGGCGUCCAUAGAGCAGUGGCUGCAGGCGGAGGCCCAGAGCUUCGACGCGCCGAGCUCGGAGCUGGCGUUCCAGCUGGCGUUCGCGCCGCACCUCAAGAACGUGCGGCCCGACGAGGCCCGCGCCGCGGAGAACGAGAGGAAGCUGCACGGCAUGCUGGGCGUCUACGACGACAUCCUCUCCAAGAACGAGUACCUCGCCGGCGACGACUUCACCCUGGCCGACCUCUCCCACCUGCCCAACUCCCACUACAUCGUCAACUCCUCCGACAGGGGCAGAAAGCUCUUCACCGCCAGGAAGCACGUCGCCAGGUGGUACGACAAGAUCUCCACCCGCGACUCGUGGAGGCAGGUCAUCAAGAUGCAGAGGGAGCACCCCGGCGCGUUCGAGUGAUCGGUCGGUGGUCUACGCGGUGAUGCAUGCAUGCAUGCAUGCGCCGCGGCGUGUUCCUCGAUCGCCGCCAGCCACCGGCGGCUUCGUCGUCGUCAGGCUUCGUACCUUGACGGGGUUGUCGACUUCGUCGUACGUCCCUGUGGCCUGUGGGCUAAAAUAACGUGAAGCCUGCCUACGCGGUGUCUCGUGUCUUACCUUUUAAAUUUGCACCAUAUAUACGCACUGUCUUUUCUGGGUAUUUGUUGUAUUGUGAUGUACGGAGUAUUCAUCAACUCCUUUUGCAAGAUUGGUCAAUUAUUCAGGCA